ACCUUCAUGUUCCCAUCAUUGUGGCGUAUUAUUGUGAAGCAAUGCCCAAAGAUGAAUAUAUUCUGCAAUGGUGCCUUGAGUAUACCAAGAUUACAUGAAGUACACCUCUCCGACGAGGAUUAUGAAGGACGUUGGGAGGGGGAUCUUAAUACCACAAUCCAAUUCUUAUCGACAUGAAAGAGUCCACGCUGAAUUCACUGAGUCAGGUGUCAUGCUCGCUACUCUACAAUCAAAGUGGCUGCUUUUAUUUGCUAGAAACUGUCUUUGUAGUAAGAUGUUGAAGCAAGUGUUCUGCAGCCUGUGCACUAAUAAUGUUCUAGCGCAAGGUGUUGUUGCCUCUCGAUAUGGCAUCCUUGUGCUGACAAGCGGUGUUCACAGUGGGCAGGUGCUUCAUUGAAUAUCUCGUUCCUUUUCUAGUUUGGGAUGUCCACUCAUUUCCUUG